AACUCUUUCUUACCUCAGUCCCAGCCAGCCAGCUAUGGAAGACGCUUUCAGAGUUCGGGUUGAUAAGGCUUUUGGCUCUCUAGCUUCUUCUUCACCGUCAUCUUCGUCCCUGCGUUCGCUAUGGUCUCUGUCAGACGAGGAGGUUGAAAGAAAGGAAUGGAAUCGAGGUACAGACAGUCUCGACAGAGAAGAAACCCCAUGUUUCUCUUCCUUCGAUGGAUUCUUCAGGAAGGAUCGAAAGGCUUCCAAGAAGGAAUCAAGAAAUAUUCGGAAAGAGUUUGACGAGGAUUUAGAAGACAUCGACGAUGAUGAUGAAGAUGAGCAACAAGGCCGUGAUUCUUCUGGUCAAUCUGCUGAUCGAGACGGUCAUGACCAGGAAGAAUGGGAAAUUAGGUCUUCAAUUGGCUUGGAUUGUACACUGGAUAAUGAGGAAGAAGAAGAUGAAUAUGACAAAGUGGCUGUUGGCAACGAAAAUACUGGUGACCGCUUGUAUAUGAGGGAUAUUACUGACCAUGGGGAUUACUUAAAUUUUAAUAAUGUGUUUCCGAUUUCCUUUGAGGAGGCCACUCGGGAUCCACGUGCUAAUCACUUGGCAGCAAUAAUUAGGCUCAAAGAAGACGAAGCCGAAGCUGUGAAAUCGGAUUCUUCUCAGGUUUCUGAUAAAACGGUACCAGCUGCUUUGGAUCCUCAAGUAUCUGAAGGUGUUGGUAACUUGAAAUCUAUUCUGAAAAGGAAGGAAAAUCAAACAGAUUCAAAGUCACGAAAACGGGUCAGGUUUGACCCUAAAUGUGAAAACAAUCAUGAGAGCGACAUAGAGGAACCCCAAGAAUUGUUGUCAAUAAUGCAUUCAAUGGGUACGCCUACAGUUGCUGAAGAUGGUGGGUCAUUGCCUCAAGGUUCCCAUGGAAUUCCAGAUUAUUUACUAAAUCCAUCCAGAUAUACAUGUUAUAGUUUUGAUUCAUCGAGUGGAGUUGAUGAAGAAUCUAAUCAACAAGCUUACAUGGAUCUUCUCAGCAUUAUGAAGAAGCCAAGUUCUGUAGACACGGAACUGGAUGGCACUUGUACCGAUGCAUCAAAAUCAAUAGUCUUUACUCCUAAAAAGAAGGCUAGUGAUGCUUCAACUGCAAGCAGAAUUGAGCUUGAGCAGACUCUGAAAAAUCGUUCUGAGGAGUAUGUGCGCAAGGCAGGCUUGCCCCUUUGCAUUCCGGUUGGUGAAGACCAAGAAGGUGAAGCUUGUGCAAUGGAUGAAGAUGAGCUGGGAACAGCAACUACAGAUAAAAGCAGUGGCACCCGAAAAUUGGCCCGUCAGUACCGAUUGAAAGUUCAGUUGGACGACUCUGAUGCUUGAUGCCUUUUUGAGAUUUCCGUGAGGGAACUAGUGGUCAUUAAUACUUGCAGUGAGGGCACCAGUGCUGAUAUAUACUUGCUUUAUGCAGGUGGAACUUGAGCAAACUUCACGAGUCUCUUGCCGUUCUUGGUUUUCUUGAUUAUAUAGUAUUUACACUCUUCAAGGAUUUUUGG